CGGCUCUGCCUGGCAUCGAGCAUCAAAACCACGGAUGAGAAAUUUGUUUGACCUGAAACAGAAUGCUCCAUCGCGUUUGUUUGCUUUGUCCCUGCUGCCGUCAGGCUGGGGCUGAUUUCCUUUUUCUUUCAGGUUCCCUUCUAGAGCACAAAGUGAGAAGCAGGGAGGCUUCAUUUUGAACCUGCCACGGAAUGGUCAACUUCUGCGCACUCCCCAAAGGAAACGGGAAUGGUGGAAGAGAUUGUUAACCCUUCUGUUGUUUUCCAUGUGGCACAGGAUUAGCAGUGGGGCUCUCCCCAGAGCCGGCGCCCCACCAGUGUGCCGGGUGGAUUAUGGCAGGGCAGUGUGCUGACCUCUGCUCUGCUGGGAAACAGAGGCUCCUGAGACGAUAAGUGGCUCUGGGAAGAAAUUCCUUUCCCCAUGUGAGGGAGUGGCGGCGCUGGGCGCACUCGCGGGCACGUCUGCACCUCUGCACACACGGGGGACCUGACGUGGAGAGGUGGGAGCUGAGGUUCUGUGAGGAGGACACAGUGUGGGGCCCUGCAGAUCAGGGGCUGUGUUGACCUUUCCCGGGGAUGCUUUGCACACCUCUGCCACGUGUAGCACACUGAGGCCACCCAGCGGGUCCUACUGUUGUAGCCUGGGGAGGGUCAGAGCGUGUGAGCAAAGAGAGAGCCAGAAUCCACCACGGGCAGCCCAGAGAGUGCGCAGCCAUCUGAUCAGUCCUCCUGGGUUCAUGCUGGGGUUCAGACAGCUCUGCUGAUCACAGACCAAACCUGCCAGCCCUGAGCGAGCCGGCUCUUUGUGUUGCGGAGACGGGCAGCUCGCUGGGCCAUAGCUCUGCCCAUGAGCUGAAGGCAAUGCAGGAGUGGAUGGAGGGCACUGGAGGAGCUGCAGGUGGUGCCAGCAGCUGAGGAGUGUGAGUCCUGCUGUCCCCGCUCGCCCCUGCUUCUGCCACACUGGGAUCGCCUGCAGCACAGCGCAGCCGAGCGCCGGGGACGAUGGUGGUGGGAGAAGACCAUGGCAUCAGGCAAGGCAGGAGCGUCAGAGCCAAGCAGCCCAGCUGAGGCAGCAGAAGGCUCCCCAGAGCCCUCCUCAGUGCUGCUGGCAGCUGGGGAGGGCUUUCCGCCAGAGAUCUCACUCUUCUUCUCCAUUGAGAGCCGCUCCUCACAGUGCCCCAAUGCCCAGCUGCAGGAAGCAGCCAGAAGGAAGCUGUGGGCCUUGGAGAGUGACGACAGACAUGUCUGUGCUCUGUUCAAGGAGCUAUCAGCCAGGCUGCUGUGCAUACAGGCGCAGGAAGAUCGGUUCCUUCUCACCUUCAGAACCCUGGAAGAAGUCUGGAAGUUUUCCACAUAUUUAACUUUAGGCUAUGUAGGCCGCUGCUUGGAGCAGCUUCUCUUUGAGCAGGAGUACUGGCUGAACUGUGCACUGGUGGAGGACACGGAGAUCAGAGUGUCCAUGGAUGAAAAUUGCUUGGCCACCAUAUAUCUGGGUCUGCUGCUCCAGGAAGGUCACUUUUUUUCCAGAGCAGUGCCUGGUGCAUGCCAGCCAGAAAGGGAGGGAGAGGAAGGCCUGCAGUUCUGCAGGAAUGAGCUGGUCCAUGUGAAGAACAUUGGAGAGGAGUCCAAAUGGGAAGGGAUGUCCUUGCUGACAGGCCAACGAGGCCUGGUGCCUGUGACUGCCCUAGAGCCAGUACCUCACCCAUUCUACCAGUGGUUCCUGAGGAAUUACACCAUGAGUUUUGGCAUCUCCAAGGAGAUCAGCGAGUCAACCUCUCAGCCAAUUGUCAAAGGCAAGUGCACAGCCACAGUGGAUCACAGAGGAGCAGCAUGGGAUGAACUGAGUUUCUCCAAGGGAGACAGCAUAGAAGUCAUUGGCUUCCUCCUCCCAGGACUCCCGUGGUUUGUGGGCAGAUCUUUAAGCAGUGGGAACAUCGGCUUUGUCCCAGUGCAAUCCGUAAAUGCUGAGGCUUGUGAAUCUCUAGAAAAGGGAUUGGUGUUUCUGAGCGAAGAGGAAAACUUGCCCCUCCUGCGCAUCCCCUGCAACGGUGGUGAGCAGCACUUUGCCACCCUCCUCGGAGAGCUGGCACGCACUGACAUCACUUCUGUGUACCGCCUGGAUGGUUUUGAACCCACAGCCAUGUUCCCGAAAGCGCCAUCAGAGGCUGUUCUCCAUGGCUGUAAGGACACCCAGUUGCUCCAGUCCUGGGAGGAGAUAAACAGCUUGGUCACAGCUAGCACCUCGGAGCAGUCCAGCCCAGGGAGUGAGUCAGCCCCUGCUACAUGGGAAGAUGUUCUCCUGGACAAGCUGAAUGAUUUUGAUGAUCCCAAGUUCUUCAUUGACCUGAAUGCUGGACACAUGGAAGAUGCUGAUGUCUUUGAACCCAUACUGACCUUCCUUAACCAAGACAGUUACAUGCUCUGUUAUCAAAGCCUCUAUGACCUCAGUUUCUCCUUUCUCAACUCCACUUUUUAUGGUUUCUCUGAUGAGGAUGAACUGGUCUUGUACCUUGAGACAUCCAGGAACUGGGCCAAGAGGACUCAUUCAGUUUGGGCCCAUGUGAGGCUCUGUUUCCUCUUGGGUAAGCUCUGUAUGAAAAAAGUCAAGUUCUCCCAGGCUCGAGUCUAUUUUGAGGAAGCCAUGAGCACCCUGGGCAGGGGCCUCGGGGACCUGCCCCUGCUGGCUGCCUUGCACGUGAACCUUGCUUCCAUCUACCUGAAACAGAACAUGAAGAGCAAGUUCUUCUCCUUGCUGGGAAAAAUGGUGGCCUUGCUUGUCUGCUUGCCCAGCCGCUCCUUCAGCUCUGAGCACGAGCUGAGGGUCAUGAUGUACGUUCUGAGGGAGGCCAUUGCUGUGGGGAACACUCCUCUGGAAGCACGGGUCUGCUUCCUUAUUGUCAAGCUCUUCCUCCAGCUGGGAAAAAAUGACGAAGUACUGCCCUUUAUUGAGCACCUUCAAUGUCUCUGCACCACUUCACUCAGCCUGGACGCUAGUGCUGUGCCGCUGGAUGCCACCCCCAUCCUGAGCUAUCUGUAUGACAAGAAGUACUUGCCAAACAUUGCACUGGCAUCUGCCAGGUCUUUUGUUCCCAGUGGCAUCAAAGGGGCACCAACGCCUAUUUGGAAAGCUGGCUUCAUCCUCCAAAAUGUGUCCAAGCUCCUGGGAAGCCAGCUGGAGAGGAGCAGCAUCCCAGCCUUGGUGUGUUCCUACCUCAAGCAAGCACUGCACUUCUCCUGCGAGAGCAGAGCAGUGACCACCCAGAGGACUCUGUGCACUGUUUUGUCCCGGAUGUACCUCCAGCACGGUGUGCUGGACGGGGCGGUGUGCUAUGCAGCCCAGGCUGUGGUCUUCAGCAGGCUGAUAGGUGAGGAGGAGGCUUUUGAGUCCUCCCUCUCUUUGGGGUGGAUGUACCUUCUGAGCAGCCAACCAGGCCCGGCCGCAGACAUCAUGGGGCAGCUCCUACAUUCCCUGCAUGGGACAGACAGUGUGACUCAAGGUGGAGCGGUGCACAACCUCCUCGCCAUUGCCCUCAGAGGAGCAGGGCAGGUGCAGGAGGCCACAGAGAACUACAUCCGGGCACUGCACAAAGCCAAGGAGACUGGGAACAAGAGGAAUCAGGCUAUCGCCCUGGCCAACCUGGGGCAGCUGAGCCAGUCGUGUGGGGCGAGUCAGCUGUCUGAGCUCUACCUGCUGCAGGCUGCCCAGCUGUAUGCUGAGCUGCAGGGCAGCGAGGAGCUGGAGCUGGAGUCGGUGCAUGUGCUGCUGUGGCUGGCACAGGCCAUGGUCAGCAGGCAGAGGAUGGAAGAUGGCAAACUCUGUUAUGAACUUGCGCUGGUUUUUGCCCUGAAGUGGCACAACAUGAGGAGUCAGCUUCAUGUCACUGAGGCACUCUGCCAUUUCUACAGCCAAGUGUGCCCCAGCCUCCAGGCCUGCAUUACCUACCACGAGCACCGGGUCUCCUUGGCACAGAAACUCCAGGACAGAGAGCUAGAAGGCAAUGUCCAGCAGACCCUCAGCCAACUCUAUCAGGCUUUGGGCACCCCUGAGGCUUUGAGACAGUCGCUGGACUGCACCAAACAGAGUCUGAGGAUCUUCAUUGACCUUGAGGAGACAGGCAAGGCAGCAGAGGCCUGGCUGCAGGCAGGAAGGCUGUACUAUCUCAUGCAGGAAGACGAGCUGGUGGAAAUGUACUUUCAGGCAGCUAUUGAGACUGCUCUGAAAGCUGAGAACUUCUCCUUGGCCAUGGAUCUCUAUGAAAAAGCAGGCGAUAACUUUUUUAAUGGCAGCUGGCACAGAGAUCGAGCAGUGGAGUUUUACAGGGGUGGUGCAGUGCCCUUGGCCAGGAAGCUGCAAGCCAUUGAGACAGAGCUGCGGCUGUUCAAUAAGCUGACGGAGCUGCAGAUCGGGCUGCAGGGCUAUGAGAAGGCGCUGGAGUUUGCCACGCUGGCAGCCAGGCUGAGCAUCAGGGUGGGAGAUCAAUUGCAAGAGCUGGUUGCAUUCCACCGCCUGGCUACAGUCUACUAUUUUCUGCAGAUGUAUGAGAUGGCUGAAGAUUGCUACCUGAAGACACUUGCCCUGCAUCCCCCCAUGCUGCAGUGCUCUGGAGAAGCCCUGUACUACUGCAAGGUGUAUUGCCACCUUGGCAACCUGACCCUGCACAAGCUGAAGGAUGAACAGGACGCAGCAGCCUACUUCCUCCUGGCCCUCGCUGCAGCCAUUGAGCUGGGAGAUGUGGAGUUGCAGGGCCUCAUUGGUACCAAGCUGGCCAACAUCUCCAGAGCCCUGCAGCGACCCGUGGACGUGCCAGGCUGUGCCACGUACCGGGCCAGGUGGCUGAGUGAAGGAGGCCACAUUGUCUGAUCAAAUGGACGUGUCACCAUGAGAUGCUCAUGAUCCACAUGUUCUCCAGAAGCAGCAAUCAGCAGAGGUCCUGCCACCAGCAGCGUUUUGGUUUCUUGUGCCCAUCACAUGAGGGACUUGAGGCCCUGCCCACAUUUAUGUGUGCAUGGCACUGCAGGCAGAGCGGGGCAGGAUGAGGCCCCAGCAGCUGGUGCUGGAGCAGGAGUGCAGCUGUGUGCGAUGGGGAUGAUAAUAAGGUGCUGCCCAUCCCCACAUGGGACUCUGACCCGAGCGUGUAUUAACUGGAAUAGUAGCUCUUUAUUUAUCCUGGCUGUUUUCUGUGCUGUCUGCUCCGUGCGGGUCUGUGCCCCGCACUGUGAUACAAAGCACAGCCGCCCUCCCACAGCAGGAAGCAGGGAUAGGAACGGGAAAACACAGCGUACGGGGCGGGGAGGGGAAGGCAGCCAGGAGGCAGCGAGGCGGCCGCUCACCGCCAGGGAGCAACCGAGCCCCGCGGUUGCAGCUCGGACCGAAGGCUGGCAGCCCGCUGGGGCUUCACAAAGGGGCCUCUUGCAAGGCACCCCGUCUGACUUACGUGGUCCGCUGCUUGUAAAUGCUGAACGCAGGACAUUUAUUUCCUCGCUGCACUUUGAAAACGCUGAUUUCAUUUUCCCCUUUCAAAAUCUGUGAGCAUCUGUCA